UUGUGGACUAUUGAGGACAUGUAUUUCCACUGUUAGAGUGGUUACUGGGCUAUCUUUUCAAUAUAAUAGAUCAUCUUUGGCAGAGCCCAACUAAUUUAUCCUGAUCAACAGCAUCAAUAUAAGUAUUUGCUUCCAUCCCUCAACCWGGCCUCGAACCAGGAACCCUCGAAACACACAGAUAUCGGUCACCCACGAAGCAUAACUACCUAUCAUUCCACAAAAGCCACGGCCCGUACCGAAUUAAGGAAAACUACUUCAGUCUUAGUGUGAGUGACGUCGCCGAUUAAACGCUACUAGCGUGCACCGCUAACUAGCUAGACAUUUUACAUCGGUUAUAUUAUGUAAUUUCAACAAAAGGUUAAGCCAAAUUGGUCAAAUAAAUGAGCUCAUGCGCUGAGCAUGAAUUCCAUUGCAGUAGGUGGCGAUAGGUGGCUGGAUGUUGAGGUAUAGAGUAGUGUUGUCAACAGCGUAGAAGGACUGGAAGAAACCGAGAACCCUCGCUCGAGCUCUUGCAAAAAUAAUGAAUAGAUAGCGGAAGAGAAUCGAGGAGGAAUUCUCAACUCAUCAGGGUUGAAAAAGAGUAGAUUAACGUUACAUUCUUGCAGAAUUUACUAUAACUCACAAAUAAUGGCGACUAAAAGGACGGUAAUAGUGACAGGGUUUGAACCUUUUGGCGAUCACACCGUGAAUGCUAGCUGGGUGGCAGUGCAGGAACUGGAGCGGUUGGGCUUGGGUCAGAGUGUGGACCUAUAUGUCUGUGAGGUGCCAGUGGAGUACCAGGCAGUUCAGAGUCUACUGCCAUCUCUAUGGAAACAGCAUCAGCCACAGUUGGUGGUCCAUGUCGGGGUCUCUGGGAUAGCCACCACAGUCACCCUGGAGAAAUGUGGCCACAACCAUGGCUACAAGCGGGUGGACAACUGCAGCUUCUGUCCAGACUCUCAGUGUUGCAUGGACGGUGGUCCUGACUGCAUCAAUUCAGUCAUAGACAUGGACCUGGUCUGCAAGAGGGUCAACUCCUCAAGGCUUGGCGUGGCAGUGUCAGUAUCAAAGGAUGCAGGCCGAUACCUGUGUGACUACACCUACUACACGUCGCUGUACCUGGGGAAGGGCAGGUCAGCGUUUGUGCACGUUCCUCCACUAGAGAAGCCCUACAGUGCCCAGGACCUAGGCAGAGCCUUGCAGGCCAUAGUGGGGGAGAUGCUGGAGCUUGUGGGUCAAUCUGAGGAUGAUGACCAUGACCACCACCACUGCAGCCACCAUCAGCAUGCUCACUAAAGAAUUACUUCCGGUGAUCUCUGUCCUCAACUCACUGCUCCUGUCCCCAAUGGACAGAUAAAUCACUUAAAGCUGGAAUCCUUAUUGAAACAAUAGCAAAGUGGUGACCCCGCCUCUGUUUUGGUAAAAACCUGAGGGAUGGGCCUGAAGUAAUGUAACCACUCUCAAAUUCAUAGACAGA